UCUGACACAGACCGGUUGGUUUAAUUUCACGAGUGAGCUGUUACUGCGCUUUACGUGCUUUAGUUUGACCAGUCCGUUAAUGUAUCAAAAAAAUCAGUUAGUUUGAACUAUCUGUUUCAAGAUGACGGCAAGCAAUAGCUUAGGCUUAAGCCACUAGUUUGAAAGCAAUAAUAAAAUGUUUUAAUUGUGAAAGUGGCCGGGUUAUAUUAAUGAGUGAGAAAACAGUCAAUCGGUGGUUGUUGAAGUUGUCGUUAUACGUCCAUUUCUAAAAGAGUGUUUACUAACAUGGUUUCUAAUAUACUAAAUGGUGUGAUAUGUCAUUCGCCGCGCUUGAAGUGGGAAAUAGUUUACAGAUUUGUUAACGUUGGUUAUGCUUAGAAAUUGUGCAAAGAUGAUAAAUCAUGAUUGUGAUAAGGCAGCAUGGACUUUCAGACCAGAGAUCGACUUCGUAUUGGAAAUUCAUUAGUGACAAGAUUGGGAUGUUGCUAUAUUUUUGCUAAAAAUAACUUCAACCGGAACGGAAAGUAGAGUUCGGAUUGCUGCUUUUUCAUCAUCCAUGAGACAACGACAAAAGUGACCAAAGGCGAUUAUCAUAAUGCGUCCGCAUAAUGGUAGCUAUCAGUUUCGUCGCACCGACUAUUCCUACAUCCAAUCUAUUAGCAAUGGACUCUUAGUAGACCUCGUCGAUGGUAGCUGUUUGUUAACUGGUAGUAUUUCGAUGCAACAAAAACACGAUCGUAGGUUAUUAGCAAUGCGAAAUGCCAACAAACCUGAUUUGUGAAUAAAACCGUUUGAUAUAUUCGGAGGUUCGCCGAUUUAGUUUCCACGCGGUUUAGUGUUUGCAGUAUGACGCAGGCAUCCGUAUGUGAUAAGCUUGGUACAAAAAGAAGCAUGAUUGUGCCAGUGUAAUUUACGUAUUGUACAAGUGUGAUUAUAGAUAAGCGCUAACUGAAUUUCCGUCAUGCUCAAAACAAAACGCGCAUCGGUGCUUCCAGUGAUAACAAUACUCAUCUCACUGAUAUAUUCUGCUAGUAGUGAAUAUCGUACCUCAAGUAAUGCGGCUAGUACCGAAAAUAGUUUUCCUAGAUAUAAUAAUACCUUUACUCAAGGCACCAGCAGCAAUGAUGAAUACGGUGUCCUCCAUAAUAAUGUUAAAGUGACAAAAAACCAUCGCCGGCAUCCAUUGGCUCCGGCUUCCAGCAGUGGCCACACUAGAAAAACUGCAUAUCAAUACAUGCAAAGUGACAACAGCUACAACACAUCGAUCCAUACCCGGCUUCAAGCCCUCUCAUCGGUCGAAAUGUCUGACACCAUUCAAACACCUUCCUUCGAUAAACGCGAACCACACAUCAAAUUCGCAAUUCUUCUGCCGGAAAAACCACAAAACCAACGAGAUAUACGGAUUCUCUCCACAGUGCGACCGAUUAUCGAAAUGGCCACUAACGUCGUUACCGGUCCUGGUGGACCAUUGCACAAUAUAAAAAUUGAAAUCGAUUAUCGAGACACACAGUGUUCCUCAACAUAUGGUGCUCUUGGAGCAUUCGAUAUUUUCCUAAAACGCAAACCAGACGUCUUUUUCGGACCGAUCUGCGAUUACGUGAUAGCUCCCAUUGCACGCUACAACUCUGUUUGGGGAAUUCCUAUUUUGACGACCGGUGGCCUUACGGAUGCGUUCUCCUUAAAAUCGCCCAAUUAUCUGACGUUGACGCGUAUGAUGGGCAGCUAUAGCGAUAUCGGACUGGCAGUACGAGAAAUUCGAAAACACUUCAACUGGACUAUUCAGGCGUUUAUUUAUCAUGACAACGACGGAAAAAGUGGUAAAGGACACUCAGAUUGUUCGUUGGCAAUUUCGUCGAUUUUCCGAGCGCUAAACACCACCGAUUACCAUUCGGACAACUUCGACGAAAGCGAAACGGAUUACAGUGGCUUCCUACGAAUUUUGUCGGAUACCAAGAAGAAGGCUCGAAUUGUUAUCAUGUGUGCUAGUCCUACCACAAUACGAGAAAUUAUGCUGGCAGCUGCAGAACUAAACAUGGUGGACAGCGGCGAAUACGUCUUUUUCAAUAUUGAGAUUUUUAGCAGCAUGGCUGCUACAAAGAAACCACCCUGGUUCGUGAAAAAUGACACAGAGGAGCGAAACAUGAAGGCGAGAAACGCUUAUACGGCCCUGUUGCAGGUGGUUGCCCGGCAGCCUGAGGAUGAAGAAUAUCGCCGUUUCUCCGAAGAGGUCAAACAGCUAACUAAAAAUAAGUUCAACUACACAUAUGCCGAAGAUGAACCAGUAUCUACAUUUGUCACAGCAUUUUACGAUGCUGUCCUGCUCUACGCCUACGCCCUAAACGACAGUAUUACCCAGCUAGGGGAACAUCAGGCUCUGAUGCAGCCCAUUAACGGUACCCAUUUAGUCCAUUUGAUGUGGGGAAAAUCCUUCAAAGGUAUUACUGGUAACGUAACAAUCGACUCAAAUGGAGACAGAGUUUCAGAUUACUCACUACUGGAUCUUAAUCCAAAUACGGGCAUGUUUGAAAUAGUAGCAAAUUACUUCCAUGACGGUGGUUUGCAGUUCACUGCUGGUAAGGAAAUCCAUUGGUCAGGAGGAAGAGUAACAGCCCCACCAGAUCGUCCUACUUGUGGGUUUGAUGGUUCAUUAUGUCCUGAUAAUUCAAUUCCGGGUUAUGCCAUUCUUUCGUUGAUCCUGGGUAUGUGUGUGAUAUGCAUGGGUAUUGCAUCAAUACUUGGCUAUAGACACUACAAGCUCGAAGCGGAAAUCAAUUCCAUGACAUGGAAGGUACAUGCAAAUGAAGUACUUUCCUGCAAUUCUAAUUUAGGACAUCGUGGUAGUUUACACAUGAUGACCCGACGUGGCAGUCAAGCGACAAUCUAUUCCGAAGACUUUAAUUCGUUGCCCGGUGACCGACAAAUCUACAUUCAGUUUGGAUUUUACAAAGGCUGUAAAGUUGCAAUCAAAAGAAUAAACGUCAACAACUUGAAUCUUAACCGCAAUUUGAUGCUGGAGUUUAAACGUAUGAAAGAUAUACAGCACGACCAUCUUGUCAAAUUCUACGGAGCCUGUCUCGAGCCUAGUCCAGAUGCCUUCAUUUUAACUGAGUACUGCCCAAAGGGUUCACUGCAAGACAUCCUGGAGAAUGAAACUAUCAAGCUAGACUGGAUGUUCAAAAUAUCGCUCAUGCAUGAUAUCGUCAAGGGUAUGGCUUUUUUGCACUCCACUGACCUGCAUUCGCACGGCAAUUUAAAAUCUUCUAAUUGCGUGGUUGACUCGCGAUUUGUGCUUAAAAUCACAGAUUUUGGGUUGCACCAGCUAAGAAGGCCUUGUGAAGAACAAGACCAGGAAAGCUACGCUUAUUGGAAAAAAUUACUUUGGACGGCACCGGAACUUUUGCGUAACUCCACCCUCGAUCCUGCUGGUACUCCACGAGGAGACGUUUACUCGUUCGGGAUCAUCGUCCAAGAGAUCGUCUCACGACAAGGACCAUUCUACACCGGGGAAGAUGCAAAAUCUCCGAAAGAAAUCAUAAAACUAGUCAAAAACGGACCUGAAUCGUACAACGCCCCAUUCCGACCCAAGGUAGAUGAGACCUCAUACGAAGAUGUAAACAACCUUAUGGUUAAAUGUUGGGCUGAGGAUCCUGCUGAUCGUCCAGAUUUCAAUCUAUUGAAAACAAUCAUUAGAAAAAUCAAUAAGGAAAACGAAUCUGGUAAUAUAUUAGAUAAUUUAUUACAACGCAUGGAACAAUAUGCAAAUAACUUAGAGACACUAGUAGAAGAGCGUACACAAGACUACUUCGAGGAGAAACGCAAGUGCGAAGAGCUCCUGUAUCAGUUACUGCCAAGGUCCGUGGCAGCACAACUUAUAAUGGGCAAAUCUGUGAUAGCCGAAACCUAUGAUCAAGUAACUAUUUAUUUUAGCGAUAUUGUUGGAUUCACGUCCAUUUCCGCUCAAAGCACACCAAUGCAGGUCGUGGACCUGCUUAACGAUCUCUACACUUGCUUCGACUCCAUUGUGGAGAAUUUUGAUGUCUACAAGGUAGAAACUAUAGGAGAUGCAUAUAUGGUUGUAUCUGGUUUGCCGGUACGUAAUGGAAAUCUCCACGCCAGAGAAAUCUCUCGUAUGGCCCUAGCUUUACUGGCUGCUGUGUACAAAUUUACCAUCCGGCAUCGACCCGAUGAGCAACUAAGGUUAAGGAUAGGUUUGCAUAGUGGGCCUUGUGUUGCUGGUGUAGUUGGCUUGAAGAUGCCUCGGUACUGCUUAUUCGGGGACACAGUAAAUACGGCCUCGCGUAUGGAGUCCAACGGAGAAGCGCUUAAAAUUCACAUAAGUCAUAAUACUAAGGCUCUUCUGGACACGUUUGGUACGUUUGACGUGACGGAGCGUGGAUUGGUACCAAUGAAGGGCAAAGGUGAAAUGUUAACAUAUUGGCUGAACGGCGAAAGACUGGAACUGCUGCAAAAUAGUUUCAAAGUGAAUCAUUUCGCGAACGGCAACUUUCCUGAAAAUAGUCCUUUGACACUUUUGAACGGGGCACCACCUACAGGAAUCCUUCACAACAAUAACAACACUAACAUGUACAGUCUAAACAAUGGCGGUAGCAAAAAACUCAACAAUGUGUCGUACAAUUUUAUUAAAUCAAACAGUACGAAAAAUCUUCUGAACUCCAAGGGAAGAUUGAGCCUAGGCGGUAACGAUACGAUGCGUAGUGCCACUCAACCUCUACUCACACAAAUUAACUGACAUUAGCCUCAACAAAAAUAUGUGGGAAUUGAUAAACAGACGUUACGUCGGUAGACACAGAAGAAUGUUAGUUAUACUGCCCUUCUACGCAAUAUUAUACUACUUUCCAUGAAGUUUUCUAUGAAUAUGGGACAACCAUCGGUAGAACGGCAGUAUACUGGUAUCAAGUUGAAUCCGAUUCUGACUGAACAACAACUAACUGAGACAUAUGUAGUACUUCGAAAAAAAAACUUGUGGUUCAGAGGGGGGUAAAAGAAUGGUUACAAAUUGGAUUUCUGUUUGAAUAGUUUUCGUAAAUGAUGUGGUGCUGCGCAGAUACACUGUUCACCUAAACUCAUUCAUUCCCUUCACUCACUUGGCAUUGUUUUCAAAUGUGAGUUUCCAUCAUCUCUUGGCAGAAACUUUUAUGUAUGUAAGAAUUCUUGUGUACCAAAUUAGUACUGAUCAUCUGAACCAAGCAACCAUAACUACGACUACGAAUCGGAGCAGGGUCAGUUAAGGCUCAAGCUCAAUGUUACGGCAUGCGUUUGCGUUUCUAAAUCCGGUAAUACGGUUGUACUAAACAUAUAAUCACACGCAAAAUGGAAAAUUUACACACAAUCAAUCUGAAUUGUAAUCGAUUUAUGCAAAUGUGUUACAUAGGUAGGCAGCAAAAAAACCUGGGUUUAGAACCAAAUCGCGAAUUCAACCCGAAUUCAUUGUGCACUGUAUCAUAAGAUUUCAUGUGUUUAAUGCACUUAUCCAAAAAUUCGGAUUCGUAACCAAAUCCAUUGUACUUAGGCAUUAAGUUUUGUUGGAAUAUAAAAGAGCAUGAACGAUAUAGUUGAAUAUGCAUUUUUCGACGUUUUACUAUGAAUUCAGUCCAGAUGGAUCUCGUACAGUCAUCCAUUACUAUUAACGUAUCGAUUGUGCCUGCCAGCGACACCCUAUCAAACUAUUACCUAUGUGUAUAAUUUUUAAGUCCCGAUGAUUUAUUAUAUUUUGAAAUAAUUCAAACUUACACGUUGAACUAAAACAGGGUAUGAACACAUCGGGUAUUCCUCAGUGUACAUGUAAAUUUUAAGUUGUACGUUGAAGAACUAGUCUACAAAAUUUCGUAAAUAGAUAACAGAUGCGCGAAUACACUUUUGUUUGGGAGGAAGAAAACCAAUAGAACAAUGCUGGCAUAGUAGAUUUUGCUAAAAUGGUUUGAAAAUGCGUGUGUGAAAUAUACCAAAACCUGUCCUUAUUGAACAAUGUUAGAUUACUAUUUUGCAAAUGCGGUUUAUGUACUUACGAUUUUUGUGAUCCAACAUAUAGUCCUAAAUAAUUAUAAGUGUAAAGGCUGACAGUAACAGAGCAUUACGAAAAUAUAGUUGUUCAACGAUUAAAAGCAAAUGUAAACAUGGCCAAAAAUAGACAACUUUGUUAAGAAUAACCACUGCUCGUGUAAACCGUGAGAUAAAAUAAAUCAUACAUAAAUGUUGACAUCAAUAUCUGCAGACAAUGAAAGAAGGGAAACGAAAAAUAUAAAUAUUUACAGAUAUCAAA